AUGCUUGUUCUCACUUCGUUCCUCCUUGCCUGUCUGGCGAGUGCUGGUCCAACCCUUGCAACGCUGUCUCUCCAUCCAAGAUGGGCUGGAGAUCUUGUGAGACGGGAUACGGAGGCUCUUUCAUACAUUCCUCGGGGGUGGGAACGAAUAACGAAAGCUCCUCAAGAUCAUGUUCUUACUCUGAGGGUUGGACUGAAGCAAGGCAGGUUUGACGAACUGGUGCAUCGUCUGGAUCAGAUCAGUGAUCCGAGCCACAGUGAUUACGGCCGUCAUCUGUCCAAAGAGGAAGCCGACGAGCUCGUCAAACCGCAUCACAGUUCCCUUACCAUCUUCAACGAAUGGCUGGACGCGCACUCCGUCGACCCUACUUCCGUCUCACGCACAGCUGCGGCGGACUGGGCCACACUAUCUGUGCCAGUCUCCGUCGCGGAGUCUAUGCUCGGAUGCGAGUUCCACGUCUACGAACAUACCGGGUCCGGGAAGCAGGCGGUUCGCACGUUAGAGUAUAGCCUUCCUCGUCCAUUGGUUGGGCACAUCGACACGAUUCAACCCACGACUUACUUCGGGUUCGGUUCCUCUUCCGACGUCAGUAUAACCGCUUGUGCCACUACAGGCUGGACGCCCCCAUGCCUUCUCGCCCUUUACAACAUGGCCAACUACACGGCCCAAGCAACCUCAGAAAACAAGCUCGGUGUCGUGAGCUAUGCAGGAGACUGCCAGAACAAGACGGAUCUGCAAAAUGUCUUCCAGAAAUAUAGGCCUGAGGCGGUAGGGGAGGACUUCGAUGUCUUGACGGUUAAUAACGGAACAUAUGGAACUGAGUGUGAGGGCGAAGGGACGUUGGACGUCGAGUACGCGAUGGGGAUGUCAUACCCGACAUCGACCAUAGUUUACGCUGUUGGUGGAGAACCGCCAUUUACACCCGAUUCAAUUACACCAGGUAACACGAAUGAGCCGUAUCUAGAAUGGGUACAAUACGUCCUCAAUCAGACAAACCCGCCUCAGACCUUCACUACGAGCUACGCUGAUGAUGAGCAAACCGUUCCAAGAGACUACGCCGUACGCGUCUGUAACUCAUUCGCACAGCUGGGAGCCCGUGGUGUUAGCCUUCUCUUCGGCUCUGGCGAUGCUGGCGUAGGUGGUGGCGACUGUUUGACAAAUGACGGAACGAAUCAAACCAAGUUCCAGCCCUUGUUCCCUGCUUCUUGGUACUUACAGUAUCCCGAAGUCGCGGCAGGGGACAAUGCGGCAUUCACUACUGGUGGAGGGUUCAGUAACUACUUUGCACGACCUUCGUACCAAGAUUCCGCUGUUUCGACUUACCUCGAAGCAUUGGGAGACAGGAACUCAGGGCUUUUCAAUCCUAGUGGACGGGGAUAUCCCGACAUUGCUGCUAUUGGUGAUGGGCUUCUCACUAUCGAAGAUGGGCAGGAAUUUGCCGAGUCCGGGACGAGCGCCAGCACUCCCGUUGCUGCCGCUGUCAUCGCAUUGUUGAACGACUACCUCAUCUCCCAGGGGAAAUCGCCGCUCGGAUUUGCUAAUCCAUGGCUGUACGCUACUGGCCUGCAAGGUGAGCUACUGCAUGAUAUCGUCAAUGGAUCGAACCCUGGUUGCGGUACUGAUGGAUUCAUGACCCGGCCAGCUUGGGAUGCUGUGACGGGUCUUGGUACUCCUGACUUCGACAAGCUUCGUAACUUACUAGCAUAG